AGAGAGAAAGAGAGAGGUUAGACACUCUCUGUACGCUUAACUUCAAUCAUUAUUGACGCUCUACGUUAUAAUUUAAAAAGCCACAAAAUUACUCUACAACAGCAAAGGAACCAAAACCAAAAGAUGACCAACGCCAUGGACAUUGUCAAAAAUGGUGGGAGCACCAACGGUUCGGUGGACGGUAACUCCGAUGAAUCGCGCACCAAUCUUAUUGUUAACUAUUUACCGCAGACAAUGACUCAAGAAGAAAUGCGCUCAUUAUUUUCGAGUAUCGGUGAGUUGGAGAGCUGUAAACUGGUGCGCGAUAAAGUCUCAGGUAAUUUGGUGCUGCCAGCUUCUUUGAGUGCUCUAAAUCCGGCAUUACAGCAAGGUCAAAGUUUAGGUUAUGGUUUUGUGAAUUACGUACGCCCUGAGGAUGCUGAAAAAGCCGUUAACACAUUAAAUGGCUUACGUUUGCAAAAUAAAGUGAUUAAAGUCUCAUAUGCCCGUCCAAGUUCGGAAUCCAUAAAGGGUGCUAAUUUAUAUGUAUCGGGUCUUCCCAAAAAUCUAUCACAACCAGACUUGGAGGCAUUAUUCUCACCAUAUGGCAAAAUAAUUACAUCUCGUAUACUCUGUGAUAAUAUUUCCGGUCUCUCCAAGGGUGUUGGUUUUAUACGUUUCGAUCAACGCAACGAAGCCGAACGUGCUAUUCAAGAAUUGAAUGGGAAAACUCCCAAAGGUUAUGCAGAACCGAUAACCGUUAAAUUUGCCAACAAUCCUAGCAAUAGCGCCAAAGCUCAAAUACCACCACCAUUGGCUGCUUAUCUAACACCCCAAGCUGCUGCCGCUACCAGACGUUUAGCUGCUGGUGCUUUACCAUCAGCUGGGCGUAUUAGCAUUGGAAAAAGUCCCAUGUUAGCCAUUAACAAGGGUUUGAAAAGAUAUUCACCUUUGGCUGGUGAUUUAUUGGCCAAUUCAAUAUUGCCGGGUAAUGCUAUGACUGGUUCCGGUUGGUGUAUAUUUGUUUAUAAUUUGGCACCGGAGACCGAAGAGAAUGUUUUAUGGCAAUUAUUUGGACCAUUCGGUGCCGUCCAAUCGGUUAAAGUUAUACGCGAUUUACAGACUAGCAAAUGUAAGGGUUUCGGUUUCGUAACCAUGACUAAUUAUGAUGAAGCGGUUGUGGCUAUACAAUCAUUGAAUGGUUAUACUUUAGGCAAUCGUGUAUUGCAAGUUAGCUUUAAGACCAAUAAAACCAAAACCUCUUAAGCUAAUUAAAAAUUAAAUAAUAUAAAAAUAUAAAUUAAUUAAUUAAUUAAUUAAA